AUGAGCCCCUCUCCAUUCCAUUUCUCCCACCACUAUACCCGACGCAUACCUUCUUCUACCGCCCCUCGCCAAAAACAUGCCUCGUCGUGGGCCUCCGAAGCGGAGACUGCGAAAUUAGAGAUGCUGGCUUUGUCAAAGCACUCGGCCGUGCUCACGCUCCAUGCCACGUUACCCUCGCUUGGCACAGAGCACUCAGUUGCCGCAAUGCUCUGCGUUGGUGGGUCGUCCAAGCUUUCCCUACUCAUAUACCAACAUGUAUUGAAGAUCGGGGCCUCGAAUAUAUCUCUUGAUUGCCUUAGGAUUGUUAAGGGAAGAUCCUCUCUCCUUCUCCCUAUUUUCCCCCCACAGCUUUUCCCUCUCCAAGCAAUAGCAAAUUCUAAAAAUUCUCUCAUUCUUUCCCCCUCCCAAACUCUUGAAGAUUUAGAGAAAAUUUCCCUAAAAAAUAUCUCUUGGUCCCUUGUUUCCUCUCGCGCGCACGACCAGUCGUCGGUGAUGCCCCAGCACGCACACGAGAAGGCCUUAGCGUAUCGCAUCACCGACCGCCUGCCAUCUUGA